AUGGAAACCCCGCGUUGGGCGCUGCGGUUCAUGUAUAUGCAACGGUGGUCCUGGCAUCACGGUAUUUGUUGGUGGAGACGACGCUCACGUGUCUGGGCCGCGGGCCAGCGGUGGUGUGGCCACUCGGCGACGAGGUCCAUAUUUAUUUUCUCCGCUGCGUGGGUUGCUGUCACCAGCGUUGCUGCCUCCGUGGCGCUUUGCCGCCCGCUUGACACGCCUGACUAUCUCGUCCCGUACUACUUGCGCGACAUUACCACCCGCUUCAGGCACUACGCGAGUUACCGUAAGCGUGAAGGCGGUGCAAAGUACAUGACGGUUGAAGACUUUGUACGGGCUUUGCUGGCCUCAAGCGAUAACGAGCCACCGGACCCUGCUGUGGUGGCGGGCAUGACCAAACUAUUCACCGACCUUGAUGCCGACGGCAACGCGUAUCUCAGCCUGAGUGAGUUCUCUUUUCUUAUGGUGCUGCUAACGGCCAGACCGGAGGACAUAAAGGUGCUUUUCUCCGUGUUGGAUGAGGACCGUGUGGGGAGUUUGAGCCUGGACGAGUUUGCAGGGGUGUUGCGGGGGUUGGGCUGCAGCAGGAAGCAGGCGCACUUGUUGACGCGUGGUCAAAAAAACAGUAUUGUGCGACUACUCUUUGGCGAGGAUGGAUGCCGCCGCUGCACCUUAAAGGAAGUUGCAGAAACACUCGACGCCGUCAACGUGGAGGUGUGGACGGCCGAGUUCCGUCAGUUUGACACGGACCACAACGACUGCAUCACCGCUGAACAAUUUGGAAAACUCAUCGCAAACCAUAUGAUUGGGAGUCAUCCACCGUUUCACAUUGUGGGCAACAUACGAAAGCUGCGGGGUAGUGGAGAGACUAUCACGCUUGAACUGUGGAUUGGAUUUCAUCGCAUCAUGCAGCACGCCGACGAGAUAGCGGAGGUGGUGGAGCUGUUCACCUCCUCGGGGCUUCCUUUAAGGAAAAAAGACUUCAACCGUGCAGUCAAGGCCGCGGGGUUGCCCCCUUUUGUUGAUGUGGAGUUGGACCUUGUCAUGGCCCUCUUUGAUCGCAACAAUGACGGAGUCGUGGAGUUUGAUGAGUUUAUCUCUGUGAUGAAGCAGAAGCUUGGGUACCACUACGGUCACCGCGGUGUCCCACGCGAGAAGAAAAACCUCCCCACACGUUUUGUGGAGUGUGUUGGCGAGGUGUUUCCCCACUAG